AUGGGACAAGGACCAUCAGGUAUGCCAGGAGGUAACAACCUCAACAAAAAAAAGGAUGACAAGAAAAAGGAAAAGCCAAAGUACGAACCUCCUGUCGAGUCAAGAUUUGGUAAAAAGAGAAGAAAGGGCCCAGACACUGCAAUCAAGUUGCCCAGCGUAUACCCAAGCACUCGUUGCAAGUUGAGAUUGUUAAAAUUGGAAAGGAUAAAGGAUCAUUUGUUGUUGGAGGAGGAGUUAGUAUUAAACCAGGAAGCUUUCCAACCAACGGAGGCAAGACAGGCUGAAGAACGAGAAAAGAUUGAUGAAUUGAGAGGGUACCCAAUGGCAAUCGGAACAUUGGAGGAAAUCAUAGAUGACGAUCAUGCGAUUGUUUCCAGCACUGCCAGUUCUGAGUACUAUGUACCCAUUAUGUCGUUUGUUGAUAAAGGUUUGUUGGAACCCGGCUGCUCUGUUUUAUUACACCACAAAACUGUUGCCGUUGUCGGAGUGUUGCAAGAUGAUGCUGACCCAAUGGUUUCAGUUAUGAAGCUUGAUAAAUCACCAACGGAGUCGUAUGCCGAUAUUGGAGGUUUAGAGUCACAAAUACAAGAGAUCAAGGAGUCGGUUGAGUUGCCAUUGACCCAUCCAGAGUUGUAUGAAGAAAUGGGUAUCAAACCCCCCAAGGGUGUUAUAUUGUACGGUGCACCAGGAACUGGUAAGACAUUGUUGGCCAAAGCCGUGGCCAACUCAACAUCAGCAACGUUUUUGAGGAUAGUGGGAUCCGAAUUGAUUCAGAAAUAUCUAGGUGACGGUCCAAGGUUGGUGCGUCAAAUUUUCCAAAUUGCCGCAGACCAUGCUCCAUCAAUUGUAUUUAUUGAUGAGAUCGAUGCUAUUGGAACUAAGCGAUACGAGUCUACUUCUGGAGGUGAAAAGGAGAUCCAAAGAACAAUGUUGGAGUUGUUGAAUCAAUUGGACGGGUUUGAUGACAGAGGUGAUAUCAAAGUAAUUAUGGCAACUAACAAGAUCGAGAGUCUUGAUCCGGCAUUGAUAAGACCAGGUAGAAUAGAUCGAAAGAUUCUUUUUGAAAAUCCAGACUCAAACACAAAGAAGAAGAUUUUAACGAUCCACACAUCCAAAAUGAGUUUGGCCAGUGAUGUCAAGUUGGAUGAGAUUGUCACCGGUAAAGACGACUUGUCGGGUGCUGAUAUCAAGGCUAUAUGUACCGAAGCUGGUUUGUUGGCAUUGAGAGAAAGACGUAUGCAAGUUAAGGCUGAUGAUUUCAAACAAGCCAAGGAGAGAGUCUUGAAGAAUAAAGUGGAGGAGAAUCUUGAAGGUUUAUAUUUGUAA